CGCCAUUUUGUGGCUGCGAGACCCGCAAAUAAAGGCGAUCGCCAGCCAGCGCUGCGGCGGGAGGAGCGCGGGGGGGCCGGCGGCGGCGCGGCCUCGGCCUGUGUGACUGGCGGCGCCCGCGCAGUCUCGGGGAAGGGUGCAAGAUGACCAACGAAGAACCUCUUCCUAAAAAGGUCCGACUGAGUGAAUCAGACUUCAAAGUUAUGGCACGGGAUGAGUUAAUUCUAAGAUGGAAACAAUAUGAAGCAUAUGUUCAAGCUUUGGAGGGAAAGUACACAGAUCUUAAUUCAAACGAUGUGACUGGUUUAAGGGAAUCUGAAGAAAAACUAAAGCAGCAACAACAGGAGUCUGCACGCAGGGAGAACAUUCUUGUCAUGCGGCUAGCAACCAAGGAGCAGGAGAUGCAAGAGUGCACUACUCAAAUCCAGUACCUCAAGCAAGUUCAGCAGCCGAGUGUGGCCCAACUGAGAUCAACAAUGCCAACGUUUAAGUGCAGUUUUAACAAGGGUGACUUAAGUUCUCUUAAUCGUUCCAAUCAAUUCCAAACAGGCAAAAAGUUAAUGGCGAAGUGUCGAAUGCUUAUCCAGGAGAACCAAGAGCUUGGAAGGCAGCUGUCCCAGGGCCGUAUUGCACAGCUUGAAGCAGAAUUGGCUUUACAGAAGAAAUAUAGUGAGGAGCUUAAAAGCAGUCAGGAUGAACUGAAUGACUUCAUCAUUCAACUUGACGAAGAAGUAGAGGGUAUGCAGAGCACCAUUCUAGUUCUUCAGCAACAAUUGAAGGAGACACGACAGCAGUUGGCACAGUAUCAGCAGCAGCAAUCUCAAGCAUCAGCUCCAAGUACCAGCAGGACUACAUCUUCUGAACCUGUAGAUCAGGCAGAGGCCACAAGCAAAGACUGCAGUCGUCUGGCAAAUGGACCAAGUAAUGGCAGCUCCUCCCGCCAGAGGACGUCUGGGUCUGGAUUUCACAGGGAGGGGAGCACACCUGAGGAUGACUUUCCUUCUUCUUCAGGGAAUGGUAAUAAGGCCUCCAACAGCUCAGAGGAGAGAACUGGCAGAGGAGGUAGUAGUUAUAUAAACCCACUCAGUGCGGGGUAUGAAAGUGUAGACUCUCCCACGGGCAGUGAAAACUCUCUCACACAUCACUCAAAUGACACAGACUCCAGUCAUGACCCUCAAGAGGAGAAAGCAGUAAGUGGGAAAGGUAAUCGAACUGUGGGUUCCCGCCAUGUUCAGAAUGGCUUGGACUCAAGUGUAAAUGUACAGGGUUCAGUUUUGUAAUAUUUUUCCAACAAAUUUUUAUAUAGUGUCAUUUAACUGGGGAGAGGAUACUGUCAAAAAAUUAAUGCAUACUUUUGUCACAAUUUACCUUUUUGUGGGUGUGUUUUUGUUUUGUUUGGUUCCCUCCCCCCCUUUUUUUUUAAUUGCUUCAAUACCUCUGCUACUUUGAAAAUUGUAACAGUUAAUUAAAUUACUUUGAACGUUGCUAAAAGGACAUUUUGUGUAGGGUCAAGUUAUUUUUAUAUGAGUUAAUGUGAAGUUGUAAAUGGGAAUCUAUAGCAAUGAUGUCUGUAUAAAUCUGUGUCUAUCUAGAACCUGUGCUGUCAGGGCACUCUUCCUCAUGCUGUUGUUACUUAUGCACCAUUCAGACUUGUUAGAGUAGAUGUGGGUUUAGGACUGCCGAGUUUGCCCAGUACAGUAGUUUUAUCACUAAAAAGUUGGACUUGGAGUCCUAUAGUAGUUUCAGCGUUAGAUAAAGUUUUUCCACCAUACAUCUGUGCAUUCAUCUUUAGGUGACUGAAUGUUUAAGAAAUCUGUGUGCAUAGUUACUAAGUUUUUAUGAACUGUUGUGUCCUGUUAAUGCAUAUUGCCCCAUGACUCCAGUAUAUCUUACCUGUACUGACCAAACCUAAAUAAAAAUUUUUAUUACG